AUGCCACCCACUCACCUCUCCAACAUCACUGGCUAUUGGAACCCUACACGCAAUGAUGCAGAGCUGAAUCGGGAAGAGGAAACGGCACUGGCUCGCUUCGGCCAUCCUGGCUUAGUGCCCCUUUACGCCGUGCAGCUCGUGAUGGAUGUCGACGAGGAGAUGUGCUUUGCAUCGGCCCUGCACGCGUGCCAGGGCGUGGUGAACCACGGGGGCCCUUCCCUCUUCAUGCACGUGGUGCGGCAGCUGCUGCAGGUGGGCCCGGGAUGCAUGGCGUGCGGUGAUUGUGUCUGCGUUGGUGGAUUGCUUGUUGACUACUUGGCGAUAUCUAGCUGGCUUGUUGAGGCGGCGUGGGUGUAG